CUGGUUUCAGCUGUACUGUACGCUAUUGAAUCGACAUCAAAGUACUUCGCCGUGAAGAAUUACUGGCGAGGGACGAUCACAGCUUUCUAUCAAACAAGGUUUCCCACGGAUGCAUUCCUCAUUGAAGAACUGCCUGUGUUCAUGCUUCUGGGGUUUCUCAGUGGGAUGAUGGGUGCGAUCUUCAUUUUUGCUCAUCGACACAUAUCCAUAUUUCGACAAAGGAAUCGUGUAUUCAAGAUGAUCUUCAGAAACAAGUGA